ACUGUGAUCACAUUGAUUACUCUUCUCAUGUUUUUGUUCUCCACGCGUAUGUAUCAUGGCCAUUGUGGCGCGCGCAUCGCGUGGAGCAAUGAAUGCCCCGCUAUCAUUAUGACGUACUCUUCGCGCGUUGAGCUCCAUAACAAAACCAUAGCCGUGGAAAGCUCAUCACAGCAAUCAAACAACACUCGAGACUCCUACUUUUUCUCGUACUAAACACCCAAUACAUAAUUCAGCCCCCCGAGCAGAUUUCAAGAUGGCCAGCGCAACUAGGAAAGACCUCCUGAAGAAGGUAUACAACAUGGUACCACCCAUGCUCGAAAGUUUUCACAAGGGUCAAUUGGGUCGUGUAGCUGUCAUUGGUGGUAGUGAAGACUACACUGGUGCGCCUUACUUUUCUGCUAUGGCAUCCGCAAAGCUAGGUUGCGACAUGUCCCAUGUGAUUUGCGAACCCGGCGCCGGUGCGGUUAUCAAGACUUACUCGCCCAAUCUCAUGGUACACCCUUACAUGCGUCAAUCAAAGAACCUCGCCAAGUCCGAAAGCGCGGACAGCGUCACCGCAGAAGUAGUAGCCAUGCUCUCACGUCUCCACGUCAUCGUCAUUGGUCCCGGUCUUGGUCGCGAUGAACUCAUGCAAGACACCUGCGCACAGGUCAUUCAAGAGGCAAGGAAGCAGGGCAUUCCGUUCGUGCUGGACGCAGACGGUCUCUACCUCGCACAGACAAGGCCAGAACUCGUGGACGGCUGCACUGAAUGUAUUCUUACACCCAACGUUGUCGAAUUCGGAAGGCUAGCCAAGGCCAAGGGUGUAGAUGUCAACGAAGGCGAUCCUUCAGAGCUGUGCGCUAAGCUGUCGAAGGCAUUCGGCGGUGUUACCAUCAUCCAGAAGGGUGCCAAGGACUAUAUCUCCAACGGUUCUCACACACUCAUUUCUGAGGGCGAGGGUGGCCUGAAGCGCUCUGGUGGCCAAGGUGACACUCUUACUGGCAGCCUAGCGACCCUGUUGGCGUACAGGAAAGCAUACCACGAUAAGAUCUGGGACAUUGGUACCGAGAUGUCAAGGAGCGAGACUCUUGCUCUUGCGGCGUAUGGUGGAUCAUGCAUCACUAGGGAGUGCUCGAAGCUCGCGUUCAAGGAGAAGGGCAGAUCGCUGCAAGCCAGCGACUUGACUGGCUAUGUUCACACUGCGUUCCUCAACGUCAUUGGUGAGAGGGAAGAGACUCCUAUGUUGUGAGCUGGGGAUGGAUCUUUUCGCGAUAACAAAAGUAAUCGUCUUUGGCAAAGCACAUUUUGUGUCAAAGACUGGCAGGUAAUAUAUAAGGAACUGUAAUAAAUUGUACAACUACAUGUUUUGAACCAAUUUGUACGACUUCUCCUCUUCGUAAUGAGAUUACUUGACGAACCAACAAAGUAUCUGUGUAACAAGUACAUAGGCUGGGGGUGGGCGCGAAUUUGCUGAAUAAUAUCUUUACAGUAAGAAACAGCGUCUAGAUACUGAGGAGUGUAACAAUCAUUAAUGGAUUACGAUAGGAUAUCCUGUCACAAGAUAUUGUCUGCCUCAACUUAGACCAUGUAGUAUCAUUUGUAAUGUAGCCUCUCGUAGACUUCUAACGCAAAAUAGCUUUGCGCAAUCACCCUGUGUCGUGAACACACGCUCAAAGGUAGACGCGCUACAUAAAAAGUAGCUCGAAAACGAUACCUAACA